ACAAUUUAAAUUGUAGCUCUUUUUUCUCGUCCGAAACUUCUUAGUAGGUUUGUUUUUCCAUUGAUCGAAUCGGAAGAAGACGAAGCAGAGAGCUCAUCAAUGGCUUCCUCAGCUUUCCUCCGCCUCGCGAUCUUCGUAGGGUUUCUGGCGAUCUCCGCCGCCGCAGCACGUCCGUGCAAGACUUUCCUCAUCUCCUCCUACUCCCUCUCCAUAACCCCAGAAAACCCUAACCCUAAUUCCGACGGCGAACCCGACUUCUCCUCCCCCAGGUUCGUCACCGUCUUCACCGUCCGCCGUUUCAGUCCCUACCAUCGCCGACCCUUCUUCGCCCACCGCCGCCACGACGGCGGAGGAUUCCUCCCCUCCGCCUUCGUACGGUCAUCGUCGGAAUCUCGGCCCGAAUUCUCCAUCCCUUUCAUCUCUGAGAACAUCAAUUCCUUCAGAGACCGCACCAGGGACAUCCUCAGCGUCGUCGUCGCUCUCCUAUUCGGCGUCGGUUGCGGCGCUCUCACCGCAGCGACUAUGUACCUCGUCUGGGCUCUCGUCGCGAACCGCCAUAGCUACAACUUCGAGGGCGAGGAUUACGAGACCGAUGGCUACGAUGAUUCGACCCAUAAGAAGAUGGGUUACGUCAAGAUCCCUGACCCUGCUCCUGUGAAGGAGGCUGCUUGAACGAGGUGUUCUUACCCCGAGUGAAAAAGUACAAAACCCUUCAUUUCUUCUGUGAAUCGAAUUUCUGCAUAUCAUGUGAUCCUCUCUUUGCUUUUACAGUUUGGUCUGUGCAAUGUUGCGACUUAACAGUAAACCAAUUCCCCUUGUGGGUUUAUCAUAAUCCAAAUAUACUGAAAUGUUCGUGCUUUAUGAAGUGUGGAUUUUUAUAUCGA